UAUUUUAGUUAAACCCUUUAAACCCUAGUGAAAUAAUUAUGCAUACAGUUUAAUAGGUUGAGGAAGAAAACAAGAAUAAAGAAAAACAGGAGCUUGGAUUGGGAUUCAGCAAUGGCGAUCUCCCUCAGACGAGCCCUAAUUUCUUCUAAACACCUCUUUUACGCACUUCGAACCGCUUCUAUUUGCUCCCACCACACUCUCUCUUACUUAAAUCCCGCCUAUUUUGACAAUUCCCGUCAAUCUGCUGUUGUUGAUAGGUUUUUAAGUUCUCCAGAAGUAUAUUUCCAUCAAUUCAGAGGAUUCUCCAAAGGAAGGAAACAACAAAUCAAGGAGGAAGAGGACGAUGAGGAGGAAGAAGAAGAUGAAGCAGAGGAGGAAGAUGAGGAAGGCGGUGACUUAGGGGCUAGCGUUAAGGCUACAGCACUUGCACAGAUGGAGGCAGCAAUUGAUGCGCUUUCCCGUGAAUUGGUCAAGUUGCGUACUGGAAGGGCGUCAGCAGGGAUGCUUGACCAUAUCAUGGUUGAACAUUAUGGUGUUAAGACGCCCCUAAACAGGAUGGCAGUUGUCUCAGUAUUGGACCCAAAAACCUUGUCUGUUACUCCAUACGAUCCAAAUGCCCUGAAGGAGUUGGAGAAAGCUAUCAUCUCAUCACCGCUGGGCUUAAAUCCAAAAGCCGACAACCAACGAUUAAUUACACCUAUACCUCCAUUGACCAAGGAGCACAUGCAAGCUGUGUGUAAGGUAGUUGCAAAAUCAUCUGAAGAUGUGAAGCAAAGCAUAAGAAGAGCACGCCAGAAGGCAUUGGACAGCAUUAAAAAAGCAGCUCCCAAAAAGAAGGAUAAAGAUAAAUCAGGUUCAAGUAUACCAGAAGAUGAUGCAAAACGAUUGGAGAAAGAAAUUGAUGAUUUGACCAAAAAGUUCAUCAAGACAGCUGAAGAUAUGUGCAAGGCCAAGGAAAAGGAAAUUAGAGGAGGCUGAAUGAUACCUUAUUUCUUGUAUGACCAUUGUUUUCUUUUCUUUUUCACUUUUAAUGACUGAAGUUCAGUAGGUUAAAGAUGUGUUGGGAGCUACUACACUGAGGUUCCUUGAGAGUAAAUUUAGAUUAGAUCUAGCUGAAACAAAGAAUGCAGUAGUAUUUCACCACGUACAGGCCUUGUAGUCUGAAAUUGCACGACAUAAUCACCAAACACUCCUGUGUUGAAUUGAAUUGCAUAGAAGUGAUAGUUGAGCCAAGAAUUGUAUUGCCCUAUUACCUCCAAAAGAAAGAAAAUGAAGUUGUGGCUCUUGGAAUUAUGUGGAUUGUGAAGAAAAGGGAAUGAGGGAUGAGGCAUCGCGGCAGAUCUCUUAGCAGGCUAUCAAAACGAGCAAGCCAGGUGUUUGAAACGGCUGUCCUAGACUUAAUAUCCUCUUUGGCCCUUGAGGAAAGCUAAAGUUGCUUUAUUUUGAUACGCACUUGUUUUGCUCUCAAAUUUGGUACGGUGCAUUUCUACUAUCAGGAGCAUAUGUAUGGUUGAGUCAAAUUUGCACGAGUUGAUGAUUUUACUAUGUCUUGCUUGUAGUUUGUAUCCCAACUUAAAAGAUAAUAUAAUCUUCCAUUUUUCCUCUA